AUGGCGACUACCGAGACUUCCCCGCUACUACCGCAGUUCCAACAACGGUCCAGCGCGAAUACGUCACUACGCGCGGAGCGAGACCGUCGAACAGUGACCUUCAAUCCCCUCACCACAAUCAGCACAUACAAUGGCGCAUCACAGGCUGACUCUAUCGUGCAACCGCUGCAACCGGGAUCGCCACCCGUUCGCCCUGCCUCUGGCCCUUCCGGACAGCCCAUGCUGUCUGCACUAAACAGCAAACUGCGACGACGCAACAGCGCAGGCUCGCCGGUGACAGCGCCCAUUAUUACAGCUGCCCCAAAGAUCGGACCCCAGCGCACGUCGAAAAACACACAGAAACUGAAACUGCUCCCGGAUCCGGUCACGGGAGACGAAGAAGAGAUUGUCGACGACGGGUUCCCCAGGGAUGUGUACACACAGAUCAGCCGUAUCAAAGAACCAACCGCACGAAGGGAUGCGGCUAGACUGGGUAAAGCCGAUCGUGAUCGUCUUCCUCGAGUCACGGCCUACUGCACAGCCAAUUCAUAUCGAUUAGAAGGGGUGAUGCGGUUUCUCAAAUCCCGAGAUAAGACGCGCGGAACCAAUCCCAAGCUGUUCGAUGAGUGUGUAUAUUCACCAUUCAACUACGGACACGAAAAAAGACAAGCCGAGCAGCAGCAGCAGGCUCAGGCCCAGGCCAGAAACGGUUGGAAUUCGGAGCCUAGCGUGCCUAGGGUACCAAAGGAACGCAGGUACUCUGAUAGUGUAGUCGAAGUCGAAGAGCAUGGGAAGAACGUGCGGGAAGACUUGAUCAGUCUUCGCGAAGAAGAAGAAACCGCACAUUCGCAUGAUACAGGCAUGGGCUCAUCGUCAUCCGCUGCCGAUGAACAACAACUGGACCUAGAUACCACGGUGCAUACGCCUGAGGUCUUUUUAUUUGACUAUGGGACUGUCGUGAUAUGGGGCAUGACACCCGCCGAAGAAUCCAAAUUUCUUGCAGACGUCGCCAAAUUCGCCACUGCAAUUCUGAGCAGCGAAGACCGACAGGUUGAGAAUUUCAAUUUCUACUAUGCUCGCGAUUACCAGGCCCGGAUAUACAACGAUUUCAUCUGUCUCCGCGACCCGCGCAACCACAUGAUCAAACUGGCCAUUUCCCAUGCCCUGGCUCAGUCCGUAAAGACAUCUCUAUUCGAAGACCUAGUCUCCGAAACCAUUGCCACAACAGCGCCCCUACCAGCCCAAAUCGCCAAGACGGGCAGCGUGAACAUGACGCGCAAACAAAUCAACAUGCAGAUCGGCGAGCUGUUCAUUCUGCGAAUCAACAUCCAUUUGCAAGGAUCUGUGCUGGACAGCCCGGAGCUCAUGUGGGCAGAACCUCAGCUCGAGCCCGUGUACCAAGCGGUGCGAACGUAUCUAGAAAUGGACCAGCGUGUGGGCCUCUUGACCGAACGUCUCGAUGUCAUUGCCGACUUGCUUGCUGUGCUCAAAGAUCAAUUAAGUCAUAGACAUGGCGAAUACCUCGAAUGGAUCGUCAUCGUCCUCAUUGCCGCUGAAAUCCUGGUUGCAGCAAUCAAUAUUAUAGUGGACUUGUAUGCUGGUGUAGAAUAA